GGAUUCCGAGCUGAAUGGAAUGCUGGUAAUGUCACUUCAUUAAGUUUUCAGGUUUUUCAAAAUUCAUUCCGUGUUUCCAGAGUGCGGAGCAGUAUUCCGUUUGAGUCAUGGAGUGAUCUCGUCUCCAAAUUAUCCUAACCAUUACCCGAAUCUGAAUGCACAGUGCGAGUAUCUAAUCGCUCCAGAAGGAGAGGCAGCAAAAGCUGUGAUUGCCCUGAAGCUGCUCGAUUUCGAUCUCUCAGAUUCAAAAAUGGAUUACUCACGUUAUCCAUGCCCUACCGAUUAUUUGGAAGUACGUGAUGUCAACAAUAAUCGAGUAAUGGCCACGUAUUGCGGUGGUGACUCGAUCAGCGAAGAACCGCUAGCCAUCAAGGGUGCCGUUGGCCUGACAUUCGUUACCAAUCAAUCUUACAUUCAUGGAUCAAAGAAGAUAGAACGAGGCUUCCAAAUCAGCUAUUCCAUUGAGCGCUGUGGUGGAGACAUUGAGUUAUCUGAAGAUUCUGGUUACAUUACUACAAUCUCAUCACCGGCAUUCCCACUUGACUACGCUCACGAUUUGGACUGUGUAUGGAAUGUCUCUGCACCAGAAGGACGGGUGCUAUCCAUCAAGUACGAGUACAUGGACCUUGAAGCUUCGAGCGAAUGUGUCAUGGAUUUCAUCGAGUUGAUUGACGGAGUCGAUCUCAACGGAACCAGUCUCGGAAAAGUUUGCGGUGGCAAAGCUCAGAUGCCAGCAGGAAGAUUGUACACGAAGUCCAAUAACCUCAUAGUGAACUUCGUUACUGAUCGAACAAUGAGCAGUGGUGGAUUCAAGCUGGUUGUUAUAGCUACCUUAGGUAUUGUCGUCAUUUCUUCCAUCAGUUACUAUAAUCGUGAAAAACAACAAAAAAAUCAAAAUGCCCCGAAACAAUCCUAA